UUUUACAAGGUCUGCUGUGAUGCUAUGGAUCCCUUGGUAGAAAAUAUAAAAUGUGAAGAGGGUGGUGGUGUACAUUUGGUGACCCGCGAAAGCAGUGUGCUUCUACCUUCUCCAGCUGUCUCAGUUGUUAGGUUGCACCUAUCCACCUGCUCAGAUACUCAGCGCCCCAUUCUGCAGGAGCAGCGAGAGAGGAGAGGAUUGGAGCCAGUCACCGCCACUGUGAAUCCACAGGUUCAUUUAGGACAUCUGCAUUGCCAGGAUGGGAACCCAAGCCAACCCAAAGAGGAAGACAUUGCGAUAACCACAGAAGGGAACAACAAUACCAUCUCUAAAGCUUCAGGUGAUGAACUGGGAGACUCUUGGUCUUGGUCUGCUUACCUGGAAGAGCAGAAUUGUGACGCGGCUCCCCUCAAUCUCUUUCGGGAGUGGCAACUCGGAGCACAGCACAAGAACAGCUUCAAGGUUGGGAUGAAGUUAGAGGGGAUUGAUCCUCAGCAUCCAUCCAUGUACUUCAUUCUGACUGUGGUUGAGGUGUGCGGAUUUCGGAUAAAGCUCCACUUCGAUGGGUACUCUGACUGCCAUGACUUCUGGGUGAAUGCUGACUCUCCUGAUAUUCAUCCUGCGGGCUGGUGUGAAAGGACGGGACACAAGCUACAACCUCCGAAAGGAUACAAAGAUGAAGACUUCAGUUGGACACAUUAUCUGAGAAUGACGAAAGCCCAUGUGGCUCCGAAACAUUUUUAUUUGUAACCCCCAAAAUUGGUGCUCCCCCAUCACCGUUCCGGGUGGGAAUGAAGCUGGAGGCUGUGGACAAGAUGAACCCUUCCCUUAUCUGUGUGGCCAGCGUUACUGAUGUGGUAGAAGAGAGAUUCCUUGUGCACUUUGACAACUGGGGUGACACCUAUGACUACUGGUGUGACCCCAGCAGUCCCUAUGUGCACCCCGUUGGCUGGUGUCAGGAGCACGACAAGCCUCUUACACCUCCUCAGGAUUUUCCAGAUCCAGAUAACUUCACAUGGGAAUCGUACCUGGCUGAAACCGGAACUACAGCAGUGCCUGCCCGAGCCUUCCACACGCGGCCUCCGCAUGGAUUCAAAUUAAACAUGAAGCUGGAAGCCGUGGACAGAAGAAGUCCCUCUCUUAUCCGUGUGGCAUCAGUGGUAGAUGUGGAAGAGUGUAGGAUAAAGGUCCACUUUGACGGCUGGAGCCAUAUGUAUGACUUUUGGCUGGACGCUGACCACCCAGAUUUGCACCCUGUGGGUUGGUGCCACAGAACUGGACAUCCUUUGCAGACUCCUCUAAGGCACAGAGAUGCAUCCAAUGUAUCACCAGGUUCUUGUGUGUCGCUCAGCUGUAAGGGGAUUACUCACUCUAGAAGCAGCAAGUACAGUUUCCACCACAGGAAGUGCCCCACUCCAGGAUGUGAUGGUUCUGGUCAUGUGACUGGAAGGUUCACUGCUCAUCACUGUCUCUCUGGUUGUCCUUUGGCUGAUCGGAACCAGCAACUGGCAAGAAACAGAAACCCUAUUCCACUUCCACCCCGGAGGAAAUCCAGACACCAUGGAAGGAUCGGUCGUCCUCCAAAAUAUCGUCGAGUGCAACAAGACAGCUUUCAAGAUACAGUUCAGCAGUCACUUUUCAUGUCAGCUCUGUCUGUACAUCCUGAUCGAGCCCUCGCUCACUGCUGGGAGCAGCACUGUCGUUUACUGCCAGGUGUUGCUGGUAUCAGUGCCAGCACUGUGUCUAAGUGGAGCACAGAAGAGGUAUCUAACUUUGUGCAGACGCUGACAGGGUGUGAAGACCAGGCCAGGCUGUUCAAAGAUGAGAUGAUAGACGGACAAGCCCUCUUGUUGCUCACGCAGACGGAUAUUGUAAAGAUUUUGUGCAUUAAACUAGGGCCAGCUGUGAAAAUUUACAAUUCCAUCCUCAUGUUUAAGAACACAGAGGACUCCACAGACUGA